CCCGCGCCCCGACUCCUCCAUGGAGCCGGCGCCCAGAGCCGGGAGCGCCGGAUGGGGCGGGAACAUCCGGCACCGGCACCGGCACCGGCAGCGGCGGCGGCGGGAGCGGAGAGCCCGCGGUAGGAUCUCAAGGAUCCACCAGCAACAAACACUCCAAGGUGGUGGCUAUGGCUGAGGAGAACACAGCUACUGACCACGAGCAGCUCCUGAGGAGGGUGCAGGAACUGGAAGUGGAGGUGAAGCGGCUGCAAGAGAAGCUCCAGGAGGACAAGGAGGGUGCUGGAAGGAGAGAGGCUCCUCCAGCCCCUGGGAAAGGCAGGAAACGCCAACAACGGCCCUUUGAUUUCGGUGCCCACAGCCGCAGACACGUGGCACUGCGCAUUGCCUACCUGGGCUGGGGCUACCAGGGCUUUGCCAGCCAGGAGAACACCCCCAACACCAUCGAGGAGAAGCUCUUUGAAGCCCUGAAGAAGACACGGCUGGUGGAUGACAGACAGACGUCCAACUACCACCGCUGCGGGCGCACGGACAAGGGUGUCAGUGCCUUCGGGCAGGUGAUCUCCCUGGAUCUCCGCUCCAGCCUGCCAGAGGGGCAGCAGCUCAACGGCCACGAGGGUGAGGGGCAGCAGGAGGAGCUCCGCUACACCCACAUCCUGAACAGGGUGCUGCCAGCUGACAUCCGAGUGCUGGCCUGGGCCCCCGUGGAGCCAGAGUUCAGCGCCCGCUUCAGCUGCCUGAGCCGCACCUACCGCUACUUCUUCCCCUGCGCCCAGCUGGACGUGGCCCUCAUGGACACCGCGGCCCAGCGCUACGUGGGCACCCACGACUUCCGCAACCUCUGCAAGAUGGACGUGGCCAAUGGGGUGCUCAACUUCCAGAGGACGAUCCUGAGUGCCAGAGUGACGUGGGUGGACAGGGGAGGAGAAGCCGGGCCACGGGAUCCCUUCCAGCUGUGCCAGUUUGAGGUGACAGGACAGGCGUUCCUGUACCACCAAGUCCGCUGCAUGAUGGCCGUGCUCUUCCUCAUUGGCCAGGGCAUGGAGAGCCCAGAUGUCAUUGACGAGCUGCUGAACGUGGAGAAGAACCCCCGGAAACCACAGUACAGCAUGGCGGUGGAGUUCCCCUUGGUCCUGUACAACUGCGAGUUCCCAGACCUGCAGUGGCUCUACGACCCAGAGGUGCAGGGCUUCAACGUGACACACUUGCAGCAGCUCUGGGCCAGCCACGCCGUCAAAACCCACGUGCUCCGGGACAUGUUGGCAGGGCUGGAUGCUGCUCCCAUUGUCACCAGAAAAGGUCCAGGGAGCAGCCUGGUGCCCUGGGGUGAGCUGCAGCCCCCACUCCACAGCCAGAUCAGCGGCUUCGUGGAAGGGGUCCAGGCCCGCAGCUACAAGCCCCUACUGGCCCGGCCCAGAUGCGAGGGGCUGGAGGCCCGGAUCGAGCACUUCGUGCGGAGGGGCCGCAUCGAGCCGCCCCAGGGCCCGGGGCUGCCGGGGGAUGGGGCCGGGGAGCCCCCCGAGGGCAAGCGGGGCAGCACCGGAGCCCCCGAGCAGCUGCCCAAGAGGAUCUGCAUGGACACCGAGUGACGGGGCACCACGGCAUAGGGACAGCUGGGGCUUCACCUUUUUUAAAUUACUGUUAUUGGGAAAAAAAAAUGCGCUUUUUUAAUGCUAUUUUUUAUAAAUCUCAAGGAAAGCGGAGUAACGGUGUUGUGUUCUGGCUGGGGGCGGUGGGAGGGGGCUCAGCGUCCCCAGCGCGCAGUGGGGCAGCACUGAGGGGGAUGACAGAGGCUGUACCGG